CCGGCUGAAACCCUGCCUGAUUUGUGGGCAAUGUUGGGGAUGUAGAAAAAAAGGAAACCGGAGCAAAGAGAGCGCAAGGGAGAGAUAGGGAGACAACACUAACUGGGUAGCUAUGGAGAUAGUAGGUUUUCCUGGUAGCUUUCUUUGACAGGUGUCGAGUGGGAUAAAAUAAAGUAUCAGAACAUCCUCCAAGAUGUACGGCAAGGGUAAAGGAGCUGUGGUCCCCUCCGAUAGCCAAGCAAGAGAAAAGUUAGCAUUAUAUGUGUACGAAUACCUGCUACAUGUGGGAGCACAGAAGUCCGCACAGACCUUCCUGUCUGAGAUUCGAUGGGAGAAGAAUAUUACAUUAGGGGAGCCUCCCGGAUUCCUCCAUUCGUGGUGGUGUGUAUUCUGGGAUUUGUAUUGUGCGGCUCCAGACCGGAGGGAGACCUGCGAGCACUCCAGUGAGGCAAAGGCCUUCCAUGACUAUAGCGCAGCGGCAGCGCCCAGCCCCGUGAUGGGCAACAUGCCCCCGAACGACGCCAUGCCAGGUGGUCCCAUGCCCCCAGGCUUCUUCCAGGGACCACCCGGCUCUCAGCAGUCCCCCCACGCACAGCCCCCCCCACACAACCCCAGCAACCCCAUGAUGGGACCCCAUGGCCAGCCCUUCAUGUCGCCACGGUAUCCAGGUGGACCGCGUCCCGCACUCCGAAUGCCAAAUCAGCCUCCGGGGGGAAUCCCUGGAUCUCAGCCUCUCCUGCCAAACAGUUUGGACCCGACAAGACCGCAAGGACAUCCUAACAUGGGUGGACCUAUGAGAAUGAACCCUCCUCGAGGAAUGGCCAUGGGCCCACAGAAUUAUGGAGGUAUGAGGCCUCCUCCCAACUCCAUGGGCGGUCCCAUGCCAGGAAUGAACAUGGGUCCCGGAGGAAGAGGGCCUUGGCCAGGACCUAAUGCCAACUCUAUAGCCUACUCCUCCUCAUCUCCAGGAAACUAUGUGGGUCCUCCGGGCGGAGGAGGUCCACCUGGAACUCCCAUCAUGCCCAGCCCAGGUGAUUCGACUAACUCCAGUGAAAACAUCUAUACAAUGAUGAAUCCCAUCGGACCGGGAGGCAACAGACCCAAUUUCCCUAUGGGACCGGGGCCUGACGGGCCAAUGGGAGCUAUGGGAGCCAUGGAGCCACACCACAUGAACGGAUCACUAGGGUCUGGGGAUAUGGACGGGUUGCCAAAGAGCUCCCCUAAUAACAUGGGGGGCAUGAACAACCCUCCUGGAACGCCGAGAGAUGACGGCGAAAUGGGCGGGAACUUCUUGAACCCAUUCCAAAAUGAAAGUCCUUCUGGGACAGCCCUUGAGCAUGCUGGAACUCUAAUUAAGACGGGCCCCCCUGGAGCAUGCAAGAUGGCCGCCGGUCUGAAUAGGAAGCAGUCACAGAGCAACAGGAAGAGCCUCCUCUCUGACUCCGGCCCCCGCCUCCCUGGCUUCCUGUCAGGUUCUAGACAAUGAGCGAGGGAAGGAGGACAAACGGAGAGAAAGAGGAAGAGAGGAGACUGGAUAAGACACCCUCCCGUGAGGAAACCGUGUCAGGUCUUUUAAGCAGCUGCCUGGAAGCUUCUCAGCCGCGACUUUGGACAUUUUGUUGAGUUGCUGUUCCUCCCCAAUUCAGUUGAGGGUCAGAUGGAACUAUCCCCCUUGCCCCCACAUUGUUGCUCUCUGUGUGUACAUUUUUAACAGAGGUGGUUGUGAUGAUCAGUGAACUCUAUCCUCCCACCG